AUGAGCAGGAUGAAAGCUUCAACUCUUCGGCACCACCACGACGGCUUCAUCGCCAUGCUGCGGAUGGAGCUCGCUAUGGUAUUUCACGUGUCAGCCGUGACUAUGUGA